AUGGCAGAAACUGGAAGGGACCAGAGCAGCACCUUCAGAAGUCUGAGGACCACUGCAGUUCGUAGGGGGCGGGCGCUCUCCGCGAGAGGCCAGCACCCACCCAGGGACGGGCUCUGCAAGAAGAAAGGCUGGUGUAGGGAGGUGUGGUGCAUCAGGUUAGUCGCCAGCUCCAGGGCCCGCACACUGACUCAGGACUCUCAGUUCUCAAUCUGGGACAGUGGUGCGGGCUUCUUAAUUGUCACCCUGACUGAUCGGAGGGAGGAAGAUGCAGGACACUACUGGUGUAGAACCCACCACCCUUCUAGCAACUCUACUUCUAAUUCCAUAAAGUUCUCUCUGGCGUGCUGGUCCCUGGCUUCCCGGGACUUCACCUCAUCCCAGACCCAGAGCUGUGUGCCCCCCACUGGAAGAGCCAGAGAGGCCCCCAGGGCUCCCUCUGCCAUCACCACCCCUUCACAGAAACAAAACUCUACCCUCUCCUCCAGCCCUGCAGCCUCCGGUGCCCUGGUCACCAUGCCUUGUGGACAUCUCCCGGCCUGGAGCCUGGUGCUGUCAGCCCUGCCUGUCCAGUGGCACAGGCAAUGGGAAGCCCUGAUGGAACUCAAGGGCCUGGACACGAGUGAAGCCACCUGCCACUUUCAGCAGGUCACUGACCUUCUCUGCACCUCCUUCCUCACCUUUAUUUCCCUGCAGCACCCACACAAGCUCCCAGGAGACCCGUCCUCGGCCCGCGCCGCCGGGGGCGUCGCCCGCCCACCCCGAGGACCAGGGGACCACAGCACGCUGGCUUUCAAGUCCGCAGGCCUUGGGGGCGCGCAGGGCCCGGCGCAGCGGCCCAGCGCUGCACGAGGCCGCAUCUUCCGCGGGGCGUCCCCGGAGGCAGGCUGGGGCUCCGAGGUGUCCCGCGGCCCAGCAAAGGGGCCCCGCCGCCUCCCCGCCCCGGCGCACGGCGGAAUCUAA